AACCGAUUCUUCGGGGCUGGGUUUGUUUGCCUUUUGGCCUGUAUUUAGCGGGAAGGGAAGAAUUAUGCGACCCGGUAUAUUUCGGAGCCGUUCCGGUAAUGAACCCGCCGGCCACAUGGCGCAGCAGCAGCACCCGCAGUCCGGAAGCCCGUGGAAAGAAACGCGGCUGGCUUUGAGAAGCUUGGCGGAGUGCCUGAAGUGCUCCCUUUGUACUAACAUUCUGAAGAAACCUGUGGACCUAGGAACUUGUGAGCAUGUCUUCUGUCUAACUUGUGUAGGCACAGCUUGCCCAAUAUGUCAGGUACCAAUCAUGAAACAAUAUGUGAAAAUAAACAGCAAACUAGACCUCAUCAUCAAACUCUACAGCAAAUUGCAAACUUUGCAGGACAAGAACUUCUCAGAUCCUGAAAAUAACUUGUCUGCUUUGGGAAAGAAAGUCAAAGAGGCAGAAACUAAAAAGAAAGAAAUCAAGAUGUGUUUCAGUCCUCACAGUAGGAAGUUGAAAUUCACCCUGAAGACAAGCCCAAAGAAAUUAGAGCAGCUGAAGGAAUCAGUCAAGGACAGCGGGUCUUGUAACUUAACCUCCAUCUAUGACUUUGUUUCUUCACCUCCUCAUGAGAAGCCUUUCAGAGAGGAACAAACACAUCAGCAGGAAUAUAAGAAGAAGCUAAGAAAAAAUACUUUAAAAGACUUCAGCAAACAGGGGGAUACGUUCAGGGGCCAACAGGAAAACUCCAGUGAAAGGUAUAAAGUAGGCCUAAAUGAAAGCAAAGAUCCAAUCCCCAGUUCUGGCUCAAAAAAUACCCCAGUGCUGAGGCUGAUAACCGGGACAGAGCUUACAGAGAAUGCAGGUGAACUCUCAACAAGCAAUGUUAGACUUGUGAAACCUAAAGAGAAAAGUAGCAAUUGCAACUUUUCUCUUAUGCCUAAUGUUUUUGGGGGAGAUCUGACUUCUGAAGAGUGGCUUUCUUUGGCAAAGGAAACAACAAAGUUAAAGUGUGACAGGCAGUUUGCUGGCUCUCCCAUUUCUUUGCCCAAGUGUCACAAAACGAAAAAGGGGACUAUCCAACAGAAGUCACGUCACAAAACGAAAAAGGGGACUAUCCAACAGAAGUCACAAUUGCUGAAAAAGGCCUCAGAGCAGUUGCCUGGGAAUUCUGUGGUGGCCUUUCCCCUUAGGGACUGUGCAGUUUCUUCCCCAUCUCUGCCAUUGCCUGGAAUCACAUCACCACUAAGGAAUUUGGAAGACUUUGUAUGUGCCAGUGACCCAGAACUUCCAAAAGUGUCUAGAAAUUGUGCUGAAAAGGAGGUGUUCCUCAAGAAAUUUCCCAAAAACUUAUCAGCCAAGAGAAACCAUAAAGGGGAAUCUUUACUCCAUACUGCUUCUAUUGAGGGUAAUCUUUCUGCUGUUGAAUGCUUGUUGAAAAAAGGAGCUGAUCCCAACAUUAAAGACUAUGCUGGUUGGACACCACUGCAUGAAGCCUGUAAUCAUGGACAUAAGCAGAUAGUUGAAUUAUUGAUAAGACAUGGGGCGCUGCUGGAUGUGACUGGGUAUGAGAAUGAUAUGCCACUUCACGAUGCUGUCAAAAAUGGACAUAUAGAAAUAGUGGAACUGCUGCUUCUGCAUGGAGCUUCUCGAGACGUAGUUAAUAUAUUUGGUCACAAACCUGUGGAUUAUGCUGAAACAGAAGAAAUGAAAUCGUUUCUAAUGCAACCAGGAAAGAAUGAUUCUUCUUCAAUUAUACAGUAUGCAGAAUGCAAAAACCUAAAUUACUGUAAAAAAGGACCUGUUGUUCUCCUUGGGAGUGGUCUUGAUCCAGAUCAACAGCUGCUGUUAAGCAAAUUGGCCACAAUUUUGAAGGUUACAGUAUGUACAGAUUUUAACAACUCUGUGACACAUGUUGUUAUUCCUGCAAAUCCUGUGCGAACUACUAUGAAGUGCAUGCUGGCACUUUUAUCUGGAUGUUGGAUCUUGACAUUUAUGUGGGUAGAAGCCAGCUUGAGGAGUGGCACUUUCGAACCAGAAGAGAAAUAUGAAGUAGAUGGUGGUCCUCGACAAGGCCGCCUGAACACAGAACAGCUUCUUCCAAAGCUUUUUGAUGGCUGCUACUUCUAUUUCCUGGGAAUAUUUAAAGAGCACAAGAAAGAUGACCUCAAAGAACUGGUGAAAGCUGGAGGGGGACAGAUUCUCCUAAGGAAGCCUAAAUCAGAUAAUGAUGUGACUCAGACAAUCAAUACAGUAGCCUAUCAUGCUGAGAUUACUUCUGACCAGAGUUUCUGUACACAAUAUAUAAUCUAUGAUGCCUCUUCUAACUACAAACCACAAAAUGUUCGUCAAGGAAAGGUUUGGGAAGUGCCCUCCAGGUGGCUUAUUGACUGUGUGAUGUCAUUUCAACUGUUGCCUGUUAAGAAAUGAUUUUCCUAGCAUUAUGGUGACAUAAAAGUUGAGAUUUAAAUUUUACAUAAAUUUUAUUAAAAGAUACUGAAAUUAUGUACUGAAACAAAAACUUCUGUGUAGAAAGGUUGUAUAAAAUUGAGUCACUCUUCAAAUCUUAAAAUGUAUAUUUUUUUAAAAAAUAAUAACUGAAGAUUCAGAUUCCCAAAAUUUAUUGCAUGCUGAUAUUAGGGGAGCUUUCCUUUUUUUUGUUUGUGUUCUACAAAUUAUAUUAAUUAUUAUUGUAUAUACUGAAAUUAUAAUAAUUCUGCACUGAAAUCUUACAAAAUCUCAGAAAGCUUGGUUACUGGUUACUGUGAUCAUAAUAUGAGCCUCAACAUGCCCAGAUUUUUUUUUCAUUCUUUAUAUGGUGAAAUUGUCACAAUUUGUUUAAAGAGAUUACUUAUAUCUAUAAUCAUGAUUAUGUUCUGCUGAGAGAUUUGUUUCCCUUUAAUGUUUUCUAUAUCACAAAUAAAUCACGUUCUUAAGCAUUAGCAUGAAAGACCUUUAUUUAAAUAUAAGCUUCAUUUAUGUGUGAGAAAGAGGGAAAGAAAGUACUCAAUAUAACAAAACCUCACAACCAGUAAAGAGCUUGCACUAUAAUCAAUUUUCAGCAAUCAGUAGAGUCCUUUCAAUUAUAGGCCAGGGUUGAAUUGAAUCAAAUGGUUUUACAACUUGAAAAGAUAGGAGUCAGUUUUCUCACCAGGGGGGCAAUUUGCAGCCAUCCAGAUAUUAAUGGAGACUAAUGCAAGUUAUAGUUCAACUUCACAUUCUGUUACCUUUCCCUCUUUUAAUCUUUAAUUGAAGCAUUGACAUUCUCUGGACAUGUAUGUCAUCUUACAAGGCACAAGAAUCAAUAUUUCUAUAAAGAACCUGUAGCCUUACAGAUAUUGGAUUUCUUCCAGCCCCGGGCAGUAUGGACAAUGCUUUGAAACAAUAACAUUCUAUUUCAUAAAUUCUACACUGUAUUUCCACUCUCUCAUCUUCUGACUUAAAUGAAAGAACUGUAUUUUUUAAUUGUUUAGGGAGAUGAAUAAGAGUAAAUGCUAGACACAGUUAUCUUGGACUAGUUACAUGUUGCCUCUUAUUCUAACUACUAACUCUUCACUUUUCUUCUGUCCAGCUGCCUUUUAGCAGAAGGAAAGCAUCUCCUCUCCAGCACAAUAAUACCACUUAUGCUAAAUUACCUGUUAUAAUACAUUCAUCAAAAAUUGCAGGAAAAAUGCAAUGGCAAGAAGAAGAGUAGAGAAAUACUGUACCUCUGCCUCAGGCAGAAACAAUGAAGGAAAGCUGAC